ACUUGAUGGUGUUAUGGCUGCAGCGAACCUGCACAAGUACUAGUAGCAGGAAUUAUUAUUAUAGUACUAUAGCAGUAAGAGUGGCUGUACUGCUACUCGUCACCUCCCACUUCAUGCCUGCACCGCCAGUGGCAGGGUCCAGACUGGGGUUCAAGGAUGCAAAGUGCGAGCAUACCAGGUACUCAAGCCCGCCUUCUUUCCUACUUUCGCGCUUUUGCCUGCGCUUCAUUCUUCCAGUAGCUGAUCCUUGCACAUCUCGACACUCCUUCGUCCGAUGCGCUGAGUGGUUGCACAACAGCCAAAUUGCAGACUGUCAACCGCCAGAAGCCUACCGACGUCUCUCUCGCUCAUAUAACAUAGAAGCGCUACCGGACUUGCUUCGAACUCGUCGCCCAACGUUGCUUGCAAGCAAGAUCUAUACAGUGUACCUCUUACUCACGAUCGAGCGCUCGCCUGCCUCUUGCCCGCCACACUAAAGGGUCCAUUGACACCCUUCAAAGGCACCGAUUCCCUAGAGAGCGCUGUCAUAUGCGCCAGCCUUAAGAGGGUGGAAAUGCGUGGGGAUUUGCGCAUAAAAGGGAAAUCUUGAGCUUUGCGACAAGGUCGACCAAUGUAACAUGCGCAUGGUUUCAUGGACGCAAUGGACGGAGUAUAUCGUAAUCGGCCUCCUUUCCGUCACAUCUCUCAGCCAGGCGCAGUUCCCUCCACCUAUGGAAGUGGCGACUCGGAUUACAACCCAGUCCUCCAUCAACCCCGACAUCACAAUCAGCUACAAAAGUGUUCCCGCUGGGACUUGUACGACAGUUUUUGCAACACAGAAGCAGUUCACUGGCUACAUUACACUGCCGCCCAAUGCGUCAGACCCGAGUCAAGGAAACUACACCAUCAAUACAUUCUUCUGGUUCAUUGAGUCGAGACAACUUCCUGAGUCGUCCCCCUUGACCAUCUUCAUCAAUGGAGGGCCGGGCUCGAGCAGUAUGGUCGGCCUCUUUCAGGAGGUGGGCCCUUGUCAAGUCGUUGAAAUCGCCAAAGAUCGAUUAGGGACCGUUGCUCGAGACUGGGGCUGGGACCGUAGCAGCAACAUCAUCUUCAUUGAUCAGCCGGUACAGGUGGGAUUCUCAUACGAUACGCCGACGAAUGCAUCUCUCAAUCUGCUGGAUGAGUCCACUGUCACUCCGCCGGCGGAUGUGCCAGCCACCCAGCCCGUGUACACUUUUCUCAAUGGGACAUUCGCUUCGGGAAAUCCAUCUUUUACAGCAAACACCUCUCAGAUUGCCGCUCAGUCGAUAUGGCAUUUUCUGCAGACAUUCUUGACCUCUUUCCCGCAAUACAACACUGCCCUGCGCAAAGAAAACACUACUCCAAGUGCAGAGGUUCACCUUUUCACCGAAAGCUUUGGUGGCAGAUACGGGCCUGCAAUGGGCUCAUUCUUUCAGGCUCAAAAUGCUCGUCGGACCACCGAUAUCGACUUCGCCAACCGUACAAUUGCCCUGGACCUAGUAUCCCUCGGCAUCAUCAAUGGUUGGGUUGACCUUCCGACGCAGAUUCCAUACCAUCCGAAGUUUGCCUACGAGAACACAUAUGGUAUUGAGGUAAUAUCACAACUGGAGCAAUUGAACGCCUUGAGCGCGUACAAUGGGGCGGAUGGCUGUCAGCAGCUGACCGCAACAUGCAGAGCGCAAGAGGCAGCUUUGGACCCCCUGGGGACUGGAGACAUAGAUGUGGUCAAUGAGGCCUGCUCUCGUGCGCAAUUGUACUGCCAGACAAAUGUUGUCGGUCCAUACACCCAGUCAGGACGAUCUAUCUAUGAUAUUUCUCAGAAUCUGCUGGAUCCGUUCCCCAGCCCUCUGUACCUCGAGUACCUCAAUCAACUCUCGGUGCAACAGGCAAUUGGGGUCCCUGUGAAUUACACGCAGGACUCAACCUCUGUAUUCAAGGCGUUCAAUGCUACUGGAGACUAUGCGCGCGAUGGCAUGAUCCAGGAUCUUGUGCAACUCCUGGUAUCGGGCGUUAGGGUCGCCUUGAUCUACGGAGACCGAGACUACAUUUGCAACUGGCUGGGAGGGGAGGCAGUUUCUUUUGCCAUAGCAGGUCUUGUCGGCGCGUCCUACCUGCCCUGGUAUGCAGCCGGGUAUGCCCCGAUUGUGGCCAAUAACUCAUACAUCGGCGGAGUUGUUCGGCAAUAUGGAAACUUGAGCUUUAGUCGGAUCUACGACGCAGGCCAUCUAGUUCCUGCUUACCAGCCAGAGACGGUCUUUACGGUCUUUUCUCGCAUUAUUCAAGGCACUGACAUAAGCUUGGGUAAUCCGAUAAACUUGUCAACCUACGCUUCCUCCGGAGAGCAGAACUCGACACAUCAGAAUUCGGCACCCCCAGCGGCCGAGCCGACCUGCUUCCUGCGAGCCGUAGAGGAGACAUGCAACACCGACCAGAGAAACAUGCUGGCUAACGGGGAUGGAACUAUUAUCAACGGGGUCCUCUACGAGAAGAAGUCGGACUGGCAAUCGCCUGAUCCAAGCAUCGUCACAAUGGCCGGUGUACCUGGAACGGAACCGGCCAGCAUAAUCGCCAGCGCACCCGUCUCUCAUCCCACAACGGACCGGGCAUCGCAAUCAGAGUCAUUUCAUAGCAGUUCAAGCAAGACUGGCGACUCCAGCAGUGAAAAGACCGCAACCUCCAGGGUUAAAAGCACAUCCGCUCUUCCCACUGGUGUGUAUACGGCUACAGGGGUGCCGGCUACUACCUCCAGUAGCAGUGGAGACAGUGGAGGAUCGAGCAAUGCGGCAUCGUCGACGACCAAAGCCAACAACGUUCUGACUUCAUUUCCUGUUUUUCGAGACACCCGACCUGGUACCGCCACGGCGGUGUGUGUCUAUAUCUAUGUUUUGGGGGUACUGAGUCAGGGAUGGAUGUAGCUGGGCUUACGCAAGCGGAACUGGCGCGUCCACUUAGAUAUGAAGAGGCAUGGGCCACAAUAUGGAAAAGAAGUCUUACCGGUCUCGUCGGGCACUGCGGUUUAGAAUAGAGCAUAGAAACGGACAUUUUAUGAUUUGAGUUCAGUGGUGCUUGAUGACACACCAAUGUCCAUGCGCCUGGGAUAGUAAUGCACACCAGAAAAGGCCAUUUACGUACACGUCAGGAUUACCAACUACAAAAACGCUUUUUCUGAGACAGGCGGUCGGACUUUUUGCGGGACAGGCUCUUAGUGUUCCGAAGCUCCCGGACAUUGCGGUCUUUGGGUGUAGACUGGAUACAAGACUUGGUUGCAGGGCUCAAUAUUGCAUUCAAUAGCGGACAGCAGUAGGAAAAGUAGUGAGGCAGCUCUUGACUCUACAAUAUGGUAUUAAGGGUGGCUGGUAAAGUUCCGAGAACGGCAAAGCGACGGGACCGGUUCUUAUAAUUCUGCACCAGAUGAUUGGUGAGCGUAUUGGUGAUAUCGGAUUGCCAGCGAGUAAGAGAGAGGAACCAUGCCUUGAAGAAGGUAUCCCAAUGUGCGUCUGGGUGUUCUGGAAAUGAAAUGUCAUGUCAAGUGCUAGUAAGGUCAGUUAAAACGGCUUGGCCACACAGAUUGAGGAUAUACAAUGUGCAAUACGCCCCUUCACAGGAGCAGCGAUCGUGGUGGUGAAGCUCACUCAAAACACUGCACUGGCAGCAGGCUGAGAAUUGAAGGCGGCCGGCGUACAGGUUGCGUGCGCCUCGGCCUCCAGUGCGCGGCCCGAGCAUUUCGUCCGGCUUAGUCACAACCGGAACCCGCGGGCUGUGCUGCCCCUAAUAGGAUUGGUCGCCAAGUGGUGAAGCAGGCUCUAAAUGACGCGGCGCCCCGAG